CUUCGCACGACGACGGUCGCGUAUAUGCUUUUAUAGGUAUAAAAAUGUAAAAAUUUAUUGAGAAAGGUAUUCCUGUCACUUCGAUAGAUCAUAUCUUUAUCGAGAAAGAUCGUAUUGCCGAUUAUGACAAUGUCAAUGAUGCUUCAUGUUCAAUAAUGACGUUUCACUAAACGAAUCAACAGGAAGAGAAUUAUCCAUUAUAGUGUUAGAGUGAGAGACAGAAAGAGAGAGAGAGAAAACGAGAGAAGAAGGAUUGACGUUUACAAACGAUAUGGAAGUAAGAAAGGGAACGGGCUAUUCUCGUCAGGAGGAAACACGGGAAGCACAAAGAAGACUUUGUAAUCAUGGAAAUAUCACGAAAAACGGAUGGUGUCCAAUGAUCUGGGAUACGAUACUUUGUUGGCCUUCUACCCCACCAGGAGAAUUAACAUCUCUCUAUUGUCCUGAUUACAUCGCAGGAUUCAAUUCUCAGUCGAAUGCAACAAAGCAAUGCAUGCCCAACGGCGAAUGGUUCUGGAACUUCGACACCAAUACCACUUGGAGCAAUUACACCCAGUGCUAUCCUGCAGAACUAGUCACAGUUAUAAUGGAUAUAACGGAUGUGCACUCGAACAAUAUCACUCUUAUUCAGAAGUACCUUCCUAUACUGAAAACUAUUUCUAAAGUGGGAUAUACAGUAUCCUUCUUCACGCUGGUUAUAGCCUUUUUCAUUCUUGCGAUUAUUAAAAAAUUGAGAUGUCCGAGAAAUAUGUUACACAUGCACACAUUUUUCUCGUUCAUGAUGCGAGCAUUUAUGGCACUUCUAAAAGAUACCCUAUUCUUAAGCGGAGUCGGUCUUGCCUCGGACAUCAUUAUUGAAAACAAUGAAAAAGAAUGGAUCUUCGACGAAACUGAAAGCAAUUGGCAUUGCAAAUUGUUCACCAGUUUUUGGCAAUAUUUCAUAUUGGCCAAUUACUUUUGGAUUCUCAUGGAAGGCCUUUAUCUUCAUAAUUUAGUAUUCCUGGCACUGUUCGCCGAUGCUAAUUCUAACAUAAUUGCUUACGUUUUCUUAGGAUGGGGAUUACCGACGAUAUUCAUAACGGGCUGGGUUAUAUCAAGAAUUAUACUGGAAGAUAUAUUAUGUUGGACAACCAAUCAAAAUCCAUAUUUAUUUUUAUGGAUUCGAAUACCAACGAUACUUUCCAUAUUAAUUAAUUUCGUACUUUUUGUCAAUAUCGUACGAGUAUUACUGUCCAAAUUAAAGUGCACCGUAUCGGAGGAAACUCAAAGAUAUAAACGGUGGGCAAGAAGUACACUGGUCCUAGUGCCACUUUUUGGAGUACAUUAUACAGUUUUCUUAGGUAUGUCAUACAGUAUGGGAAUCGAUGAAACUGUUGAAAUUAUCUGGCUAUUUUGCGAUCAAUCAUUCGCUUCUUUUCAGGGUUUUUUCGUAGCAGUCCUUUACUGUUUUAUGAACAGAGAAGUUAGGGCAGAAGUUUCGAGAACGUUAAGAAAUUACAGGUGUCCUCGUUUUCGUUACGAUAGAAGAACAGGUCCACGUUCGAAUAGUGUAUGUAGUUGCAACACUUCGAAAUUUGGACGGAGACGUGGUAAAAGACCAAAAUGGUUAGCAAAACAAUGGCCUUGUUUCUAUCAUGAUCGCGAGGGUCAUCGUUCAACGCACUCGAUGGCGAGUACACAAGAUAUCGCAACGCGAGGAGGUAGUUUAGCUAGCAGCAGAGGAUACAUGGACAUUGUUGGAAAUGGAUCCAACGUGGUAUCGAUGGAUAAUCAUAAGAACAUUAUGAAUCAUACUUCGCCACUUUGUAGUAAAUACACGGAUCAAUCUUUACUUUCAUUUUCCUCGAACGUGUCCGAAUAUUCCACGAAUGCAGAUAAAAUUCGUGAACGACAUAGAUGGAGUGAUUCGGAAUGUUGUCAGCUUGCAUAUGAACUACACAAUCUUCAACAUCAAACGUGUCACUGACAAUAUGAAUUUUUAUACGUUAAGGAUGAUAUUUUAAAGAAUACGUUUAAUUUCCGUCUGAUCUCGCGGAGUACGUUCUUAAAUGUAAUAUAUUUAUGUUACGUACUCGGGAAUAUAAAUUUAUUUUGUAUGAGAGUAUGAUUCGUCGGAUUUAUUGUAAUGAAAGAAAAGAAAAAAGGAAAUAUUAUAAAAAUUAAUAUUAUAUCAA